AUGGGACAAAGAGGGCUCAAAGGCAGCAAAGGAGAAGGUUACAGUGGACCUCCAGGACCACCUGGACAGCCAGGGAUUCAAGGUCCCCGUGGCUUUGAUGGAAUCGGCCAUCCAGGAAACCAGGGAAUUCCUGGGAAACCAGGACCACCAGGAGAUCCAGGGAAACGGGGCAACUCUGGACUUCCAGGAGUUUGUGACGUUUCCAUGUGUUAUCAGACCUACAACCUCAGGGAACAUUACAGCAAAGGACCCAACGUCUGACCACACAGAGUGGAGGAGGCUGCCA